AUGGCCAUUACGGGCGUUGUCUAUGGAGUGACUGUCCUGGCCGUCCUGCUUUAUGGCUCUGAGAGUUGGACCGUUAGGCAGCGUGAUGUCCGUCGCCUGGAAUCCUUUCAUCUGCAGUGCGUGCGUUCCAUCCUGAAGGUCAAUCGUGGCUGGCAGAUAGAGGAGCACAUCUCCUCUCUCCAGGUGUGCAAGAUGUGGGGCGAUAUGAAGGAGAUCGCGGAUAAAGUCAAAGUCUGCCGACUUCGAUGGCUUGGCCACGUGUCCCGCAUGCAGGAUCGAAUCCCUCGUCAGCUGCUGUACGGCUCGUUACCGUCCAAACGUCCACCGCAUGGACCCCAUAAGCGCUGGAAGGACUCCGCAAAGUGCGAUUUGAUGGCUGCUGGCGUUCCUCUGGAGCAUCUUGGUGACAUCGUCCAAGAUCGACAGGGAUAG